UUUCUCCCUUGCUAGAUGGGAAGGAAAGGAUUUACUGGAUUGGAAGUCUCCUUGAUCACCCUCUUCCUUUUGGCAGCGAUUGUUGCCAGUGUUUUGAUCGGGCUUUUAGCAACCGGCCAUACUGGAUUCAAAGAAUUUUCUCCAACUUGCCCAGUUGUGAAACCGUCGGAGAGAAUAGACUGCAUCCCAGAUACAUUGGCAACAAAGGACAUAUGCACACUCCGCGGCUGCUGCUGGAGCCCUCAGAAUGAAACCAGCAUACCUUGGUGCUACUUUUCUGACAGCCAUGGAUACCAGCUAGAAGGAGGCCAGACAGACACAGAAACAGGAUUUGAAGCUACGCUGGCAAGAAUGCCUGCACCAUCCUUGUUUGGAAAUGAUAUUGAAAGGCUUGUCCUGACCGCAGAAUAUCAGACCGCAAACCGCUUCCGGUUCAAGAUUACAGAUCCUGAUAAUAAGAGAUAUGAAGUCCCCCAUCCGAAUGUUGCACCCUUUCAAGGACCUAAAGCAACAAAUACGAACUACAGAGUUGAAAUAACUGAGAAUCCUUUUAGCAUCCGUGUGAUCAGGAUGAGCACUAACAACGUCCUGUUCGACACCAGUAUAGGACCACUUGUGUAUUCUGACCAGUUCCUGCAGCUCUCCAUCAGACUGCCAAGCUGGAAUGUUUAUGGUAUCGGAGAACAGAUCCACAGGCAGUAUCGGCAUGAUUUUAACUGGAAAACGUGGCCCAUUUUCACUCGGGAUGCUGCACCGAUUGGAGAGAUGCACAACCUGUACGGUGCGCAGACUUUCUUCUUAUGCCUGGAAGAUGCCAGUGGACAUUCCUUUGGUGUAUUCUUCAUGAACAGCAAUGCCAUGGAUUUUGCUCUCCAGCCUGCUCCAGCUGUUACAUACAGAACAAUUGGUGGAAUUCUAGAUUUCUAUGUCUUCUUGGGAAAUACUCCAGAGCAAGUUGUUCAAGAGUAUCUCUCGCUGAUAGGACUCCCACGAAUGCCUGCCUACUGGAAUCUUGGUUUCCAGAUCUGUCGCUGGGGUUACACUGACAUUGCUGACCUGAAAGCUGCAAUAGAAAGGAAUCGGGAAGUUGGCAUACCAUAUGAUGUUCAGUACACUGAUAUUGAUUACAUGGAAGACAAAAAAGACUUCACUUAUGAUAAAAUAAAGUUUGCAGGGCUCCCUGAGCUGGUUCAAGACCUUCAUAACAAUGGACAGAAAUAUGUCAUAAUACUGGAUCCUGCCAUUUCUAUUAAUGGUCUCCGUAAUAACACACCAUAUAUGGCCUAUGAAAAUGGUAAACGAAUGAACGUGUGGGUCAAUGAAUCAGAUGGAGUAACUCCCCUUGUUGGAGAGGUAUGGCCAGGAUUAACAGUUUUCCCUGAUUUUUCCAAUCCUGCUGCUGAUGAAUGGUGGACUAAAGAGUGCAGUGAUUUUCACAAUCAGCUCCCCUAUGAUGGACUGUGGAUUGACAUGAAUGAAAUAUCCAAUUUUGUCAAGGGAUCAAAAAAUGGCUGCCAAGUGAACAGCUUGAAUUACCCUCCUUUUACUCCAAAGAUUCUUGAUCAAGUCAUGUACUCAAAGACACUUUGCAUGGAUGCAGUGCAGGUUGCAGGCAAACACUAUGAUGUCCACAGCCUCUAUGGAUAUUUCAUGACUACAGCUACUGAUAAUGCUCUCCAGAAAGUUUUCCCCAAUCAGAGAAGCUUCCUUCUUUCACGAUCUACUUUUGCUGGAUCUGGAAAACUCACAGGACAUUGGCUGGGAGAUAAUUUUGCUACAUGGAAUGAUAUUAAAUGGUCCAUACAAGGAAUUUUGGAAUUUGGUCUCUUUGGAUACCCUUAUAUUGGAGCAGAUAUCUGUGGGUUCGUUUAUGAGGUUGACGAAGAACUCUGCCGGCGGUGGUAUCAACUUGGGGCAUUUUACCCAUUUUCUCGGAGUCACAAUGAAGAAACACCCAGUCAUAAAGACCCUGCAUUUUGGGGGAAGGACUCUCUUUUGGUGAACACAACCAAACACUACCUGAACAUACGCUACACCUUGCUACCGUAUCUCUAUACCCUCUUUUACAGAGCACAUUCCCAGGGAGAUACAGUUUCAAGACCUGUUCAGCAUGAAUUCUAUGCAGAUCCAGCCACCUGGGCUAUUGACAGGCAGUUCCUGUGGGGGCCUGGUCUUCUUAUUACUCCAGUCCUGGAUGCGGGUGCAGAAAUAGUGACUGCAUACAUGCCUGAUGCUGUGUGGUAUGACUAUGAGACAGGCGUAAUAUUUCCUCUGAGGAAGCAAACAGUUCAGCUGAGUCUCCCAGCAGACAAAAUAGGACUUCACCUCAGAGGAGGCUACAUCUUCCCUACUCAGCAACCAGCUAACACAACUGUUUACAGCCGUUCAAAACCUAUGGGACUUAUAAUUGCCUUGGAUGAUGCUGGGAAAGCAAUUGGAGAAUUAUUCUGGGAUGAUGGAGUAACCAGAGAUACAGUGAAAAAUGGACACUAUCUCUUAUAUCAAUUUAAUGUCACCGAUAAUGUCUUAUAUAUGACAGUGGCACAUGAUAACUAUGCAGAUUCACAUACUUUAAUAUUUGAUGAACUCAGAAUCCUUGGAUUGUCCUAUAAUGCCACAGGAGUGACGGUUACUUCAAAUGGUGUGGUUCAGAAUAAGAAUCUCCAAGUCACUUACAGCGCUGCAGAUAAGGUUGCCACCAUAACAAACCUUCAGCUUAAACUGGGAGAAGAUCACAAAGUCUCCUGGGAACAGGUCCUCAGCGACAAUGAUAGAUUUGAUUGUCAUUUUGAGCCAGAUGCAACAAAAGAAAAAUGUGAAGCUCUUGGCUGUACCUGGAAUGAUAACGCUUCUGAACCUGUCCCAUUCUGCUACUACCCAUCCAAUGAUGGUUAUACUGUUGAAGAAAUUCAGUACACACCUUCCGGUUUAACGGUAAACCUUAGCAGAGGCACUGGACCUGUUAGACGCCCAAGAAUUUCUGUCACACCCAUUGACACGCUUCGCUUGGAGGUGAAAUACCAUGAGAACGACAUGCUUCAAUUUAAGAUUUAUGAUUACAGUAACAAAAGGUAUGAAGUCCCAGUGCCACUGAACGUCCCCAGCACACCUGCAAGCACCUAUGAGAAACGCCUCUAUGAUGUGGCAGUUCAGAACAAUCCAUUUGGUAUCCAAAUUAGGCGCAGAAGCACUGGAACAGUCAUCUGGGAUUCUCAAGUACCUGGCUUCAUCUUCAGCGACAUGUUCAUUCAGAUUUCAACUCGCCUCCCUUCACAGUACGUGUAUGGGUUUGGUGAAACAGAGCACUCUCAAUUCCGGCAUCAGAUGAACUGGCAUACUUGGGGGAUGUUUGCAAGGGAUCAGUCUCCCGGGUACAAGCUUAAUACUUAUGGAGUUCACCCCUUUUACAUGGGCCUAGAAAAUGAUGGAAAUGCUCACGGAGUUCUCUUGCUGAACAGCAAUGGAAUGGAGGUAAAGUUCCAGCCAACUCCUGCUUUGACUUACCGUACUAUUGGAGGGAUCUUGGACUUCUAUGUAGUUUUGGGACCAACUCCAGAACAAGUGGUUCAGGAAUACACUGCACUCAUUGGACGUCCAGUCAUGCCACCGUAUUGGAGUCUGGGAUUCCAGUUGUCCCGCUAUGGAUAUGGAAAUGACACAGAAAUCUCCGAUCUUUAUGAUGCAAUGAGAGCAGCUAAGAUCCCCUAUGAUGUACAAUAUGCAGAUAUUGAUUACAUGGAACGACAGCUGGACUUCACUAUUGGUCCAGAAUUUUCAAACCUUCCGGCUCUGGUUGACAGAAUGAAACAGGAUGGAAUGCGAUUUAUCAUCAUUUUGGAUCCAGCCAUUUCUGGGAAUGAAACCAAGCCUUAUCCGCCAUUCACAAGAGGGGUUGAGGAUGACGUCUUCAUUAAAUGGCCCAAUAGCAGCGAGAUUGUGUGGGGAAAGGUAUGGCCUGAUUACCCUGGUGUAGUUGUGAAUACGUCAAUACCCUGGGACGAGCAAACAGAGUUAUACAGAGCUUACGUUGCAUUCCCAGACUUCUUCCGUAACUCUACAGUGCAGUGGUGGAAAAGAGAAAUUCAGGAGUUCCACACCAACCCUACCAAUCCAGCAAAUAGCAUUAAAUUCGAUGGCCUAUGGAUUGAUAUGAAUGAACCAGCAAAUUUUGUCAAUGGUGCAGUUGGUGGCUGUGGGAACUCCGAACUAAAUUUUCCUGUAUACAUACCAAACUUAUUAGGAAAAGAAGUUGGGCUGAGUAGUAAAACCUUGUGCAUGCAGAGUCAACAAUUUCUGGCAGAUGGAACUCCAGUUCGACACUAUGAUGUCCACAAUCUAUAUGGUUGGUCACAAACAAAGCCUACAUAUGAUGCUUUACAAAGUGUCACCGGAGAACGUGGCAUUGUCAUUCCUCGUUCAACAUAUCCGUCGAGUGGCAAAUGGGCGGGGCAUUGGCUUGGUGAUAACUUCUCGCGGUGGGAUCAGCUUUUGAAAUCUAUAAUUGGUAUGAUGGAGUUCAGCCUUUUCGGAAUAUCCUACACUGGAGCAGAUAUCUGUGGUUUCAAUGAACAUUCAAACUACCAAAUGUGUGUCCGUUGGACUCAGCUGGGAGCCUUUUAUCCAUUUGCCAGGAAUCACAACGGCAUAGGCUUUAUGAAGCAAGAUCCUGUAUCCUUUGAUCAGGCUUUCGAAGACAUAUCCAGGAAUGUGCUCAAUACCAGAUAUACUUUGCUCCCCUAUCUAUACACACUGUUGUAUGAGGCUCAUGAUCAUGGAAGCACAGUCGUGCGCCCUUUACUCCACGAAUUUACAGAUGAUAGAACAACAUGGGACAUAGACAGACAGUUUCUCUGGGGACCGGCAUUGCUUAUCAGCCCUGUGCUGGAUGAAAAUCAAACAACAGUGAAUGCUUACUUUCCUGAUGCACGCUGGUAUGAUUAUUACACAAACAAGGACGUUGGAGUCCGAGGAAAUUUUUCUGUCUUACAAGCUGAACUUGAACACAUCAACCUUCAUCUCAGAGGUGGCUACAUUAUCCCAUGGCAACUACCUGAUCUGAAUACCAAGGCCAGUCGAAUGCAGCCAAUGGGUCUUACGAUUGCUUUGGAUGAUAAUGGUGCUGCUCAAGGGCUUCUUUAUUGGGAUGAUGGAACAAGUAUUGAUGCAUAUGAGAAUGGCCUUUACCUCUUGCACACAUUUAAUGUCAGUCAGAAUGCUUUGGACAUCGGCCUUGCCCACGAGGGAUAUUUUGACCCAAACAACUUAAAAUUCAGCGAAAUUAAAAUUUUAGGACUGUCAAGCAAACCUGUUAAUGUUAUCGUGUUUCAAAAUGGUGCAGCAAUCUCAUCCAGCCAUAAUGAGACCUAUGAUCCUUCAACUCAGCUCUUGCGCAUUGAAGGUCUUCAGCUUGCACUGGGGCAAAAGUAUACCUUGAAAUGGGGGCAGCCUACUGAAGAUACAGAAAAAAUUAAUUGUUAUCCAUACCCAGAACCAACAAAAAGCACUUGUGAAGAACGUGGCUGUUUCUGGGAGGUUGUCUCUACUCCUGGUGUGCCACACUGCUUUUAUCCCAGGAAUUAUGGCUAUACCGCCAGUAACAUUCAACACAGUGCUGAGGGCGUGACAGCUAAUCUGCAGAGGAACACAAUCUAUCCUAAUCCUUAUGGGUCUCAUUCGCCAGCAGUUGACCAGCUUCGCUUGGCAGUGACCUACCAUUACAACAACAUGCUGCAGUUUAAGAUCUAUGAUCCCAACCACAAAAGAUACGAAGUUCCAGUCCCGCUCUUCACGCCAAGCAGCUCUCAAAGUACAGAAGCUAGUCGGCUGUAUCAAGUGGACAUUGUGAACAAUCCAUUUGGCCUUCAGAUCCGACGCAAAAGUACAGGAACUAUUAUCUGGAAUUCUCAGGUGCCGGGCUUCACCUUUAGUGACAUGUUCAUUCAGAUUGCUACUCGUCUACCGUCACAGUAUGUGUACGGAUUUGGAGAAACUGAGCACACUCAAUUCCGGAGGGAUAUGAACUGGCAGACCUGGGGAAUGUUCACAAAAGAUCAACCACCCGGUUACAAGCUGAACUCCUAUGGCUUUCACCCCUUCUACAUGGGACUGGAAAAUGAUGGAAGUGCUCAUGGAGUUCUUUUGUUGAACAGCAAUGCUAUGGAUGUCACCUUCCAGCCAACACCUGCCCUGACAUAUCGCACGACUGGAGGAAUUCUGGACUUUUACAUGGUUUUAGGGCCGACGCCAGAAGAAGUAGUUCAGGAGUACACUGCACUAAUUGGACGACCUGUCAUGCCACCCUAUUGGGCAUUGGGAUUCCAGCUUUGCCGCUACGGGUACAAAAACACUUCCGAGGUUGCCGAAGUGUACGAUGCAAUGAGGGCAGCUAGAAUACCCUACGAUGUCCAAUAUACAGACAUUGAUUACAUGGAACGGAAGCUAGACUUCACACUUGGCAAAAACUUCUCUGACCUGCCAGCUUUUGUUGAUCGAAUAAAAUCGGAGGGUUCAAGGUUCAUCAUCAUCCUGGAUCCAGCCAUAUCAGGCAAUGAAACUGAACCAUAUAACACCUUCACAAGUGGUGUUCAGGAGGAUGUUUUUAUCAAAUGGAUCAACAGUUCAGACAUUGCAUGGGCGAAGGUGUGGCCAGAUUAUCCCAAUGUAACGGUCGAUGAAAAUGCAAGUUUGGAAGUUCAGCUGGAGCUGUACCGGGCUUAUGUCGCUUUCCCAGAUUUCUUGCGCAGUUCCACAUCACAGUGGUGGCAAAGAGAGCUAGUGGACUAUCAUGCCAAUGUACUCAAAUAUGAUGGGCUAUGGACUGACAUGAAUGAACCAUCCAACUUCAUUGAUGGAGCUGUUGGUGGCUGCAGGGAUCAAGACUUAAACAAACCUCCCUAUAUGCCAGCUUUGGUUUUAAGAGAACGAGGACUGGCUCUUGUGACGCUGUGCAUGGAUACUGAACAGCAUCUGUCCGACGGAACACCUGUGAGGCACUAUGAUGUACAUAACCUGUACGGAUGGUCUCAAGCAGAACCAACUUACUAUGGUAUGCACAACGCCACAAAGGAACGUGGGAUCAUUAUUACCCGUUCAACUUAUCCCUCCAGUGGACGAUGGGCAGGACAUUGGCUUGGUGACAACUAUGCCAGAUGGGAUCAGCUUACAAAAUCUGUGAUUGGUAUCAUGGAGUUCAGCCUCUUUGGAAUCUCCUAUACAGGUGCUGACAUCUGUGGCUUCUUCAAUGACACAACCUAUGAAAUGUGUGCCCGAUGGAUGGAACUUGGAGCCUUCUACACCUUCUCAAGAAAUCAUAAUGUGAUGGGAACUAGGAGGCAAGAUCCUGUCUCCUUUGAUGAAAGAUUUGUAAAUAUAUCAAGGGAUGUGCUCAGCAUACGCUACAGAUUGCUACCCUAUCUCUACACAUUGAUGCAUAAUGCCCAUGUUAAUGGCGACACUGUUGCUCGUCCUUUGCUGCAUGAGUUUGUGGGUGACAAAACAACAUGGGACAUCUACAAACAAUUUUUAUGGGGCCCAGCAUUUCUCAUCAGCCCAGUACUUGACCAAGGUGCUGUGACCGUACAUGCUUAUAUACCAGAUGCCCGGUGGUAUGAUUAUCACACGGGGAAAUAUAUCGGAGUGCGAAGACAAUUCCAGGACUUGGAAGCACCUUUGGAGCAUAUAAAUCUUCAUAUCCGGGGUGGCUACAUCAUCCCCUGGCAAGAGCCUGGUAUUACCACCAAUGCUAGCCGGAAGAACCCUCUGGGGCUCACUGUUGCUUUGGAUGAUAAUGGCAAUUCCCGAGGAGAACUUUACUGGGAUGAUGGAAUUACAAUUGAUGCAUAUGAAACUGCCAACUACUACUUUUCAACAUUUCAAGUAACACAGAAUACAUUGCAUGUCACUGUGGUCCACAACAAUCUACCUGAUGCCCUUGUCUUAAGAAUGGGUUAUCUGCACGUCUGGGGAGUCACAUCCUCAGUUUCAAGUGUUACUGUUACUUAUGAUGGGAAAACAGAACCAGCUACCCUACAAUAUGAUUCAGCAAACCAGAUACUAAAAGUGGAUCUCACCAGCAAAGAUUACCUCAUUCAUAAAUUAGCCCAGGUCAGAUGGGUGACAAGCACUUAACUGUCUGCAGAAAACAUGCUCCGUGAGAACCUCACCGUGGCUCUAAUGAAUGUGUGUUUUAA